GGGUGCCCCUCUCCUGCACCCACACCCUGCCUGUCCUCGCUCGGCUCUCCCUGUUUCCCCGGCACCCAAGUGUCCCCCGGGGGGAAGCUGAGACUCUCACCUUGGCGGGGGUGCCUUGGGUCACCGGGGCAGCCCUUGUGUGGCAAUGUGAUGUCACCGUUGCAUCACAAACGUGGCCCUUAUUUAAGCGGGUUUCGGGGAGGCUCAGGUGUCACUUUGACUGCGCGCGAGCCAGUGGGCAAGCGAGCAAGCGAGAUGGGCAAGUGUGUGGAAAACACAUCAGAGAUGGAAGGAGAAGCAAAGGCGCAGAGACCCCAGAGGAGAUUCUGGCACUGCGUCAGGGACAUGGGGGAAUGGCAGCUGACCCUGCUCACCUUCAUUGUACUCCUGACUGUCUGGGUCCUGUGCAACAUCCUGCUGCCCCGCACCAUCACCUCGUUGGGCAUCAUGGGUGUGAGCAUCUACAUGGCCCGUUGGGCCAACACCACCAAGGUGAAGGGCACCUGUGUGAGCAAGAGCCCGCAGAGCAGCAGCGGGACGGACCCCAUGGGGGAGCAGCCCUGUCCCAGAGCUGCCCCGGGCUCUGCUGCGGCUCCCGGCCAAGGGAGCCCAUCGCAGCCGGAGCCCUGUGAAGGCGAGGAGGUGUCUGCAGAGAGCUCCAGGUCUGGCCAGUGCAUUCCCCGGCAAGGAGAAUUGUGGAGAAGCAGCUGCGAUGGGGAAGCAGCCUCUGCAGGGGAGCUCCCUCAGGACACACAAGACAAGGGUCCAGGUGGACGUUCCUGUGCCGACAGCAGCUCGGAGCUCCCCAGGAACCGGCACUCCAUCGGCAACAUGGAGGAGCUCAGCAGAUCCCUCAUGGACUCCCUGGACAUGACCAAAGUCUGCCACGACCUGAUGGAGGAGCCAAAGGCAACAUCUCUGAAGAGCACGACUCCAGCCUUGUGCAAAUCCAAGAGCAGAGAAUAUCUGGUCUGCCUGCAGUGCCGUCGAUGCGUCACCAGCGGCUGCCCGCACUGCAGCGAGCCCGAGGAACAACAGGACCUGCCCGUGCUGGUCGUCAUUCCCCACGGCUACUACCUGGUGGUGGCCAAGGGGCAAGUGGUGGAGAUGAAGCUGGAACUGAAAUUUGAGCUGGUCAUCAGUGGGAAGCCAGUCUACACAUGGGAGAAAGACCAGCUGCUCAGCAAAACAGACCCUGAGACGUGCCACAUGGACCGCAACAAGCCCAUAAGCCUUUGGGGCAGCAAAAGCUCGAAAGCCCCGCACCCUGUCCUCAGGACACCGCAGGGACAGAUGGGACUGGAUGGGCAGGACAUGAGGGCGUCUCCUGGGCAGCAGUCUUGGACAGAACGCAGCGAUGCCGACAGCGCAGACCUGCAGCCGGCUGGGCAGGGGGGGUCUCUCCCCAGUGCGGUCUCCACGCGGUCCAGGAGCCCUGGGGACAGUGAGACCUCGCAGAUGUCGUGUCCAUUCCUCAGCGCCCAGGGGACACCAGAGGGACAGAUAGGACUGGCCGAGAAGGACACAUGGGCUGCUCUGGACCUGCAGCCGGGUGGGCAGGGCGAGUUUCUACCCAGCGUGCUUCCCACGUAUCUCUGGCCCUCAUGGGCACAGCCCCCCUGCCCUGUGGCCCAGGAGCGGCUGCGUAGGGCCGGGCUGGAGCCGCUGCCAGCAGUGGGGUUCAGGGGCUUGGAGCCGGGGCACAGUGUGCAGCAGGGCAUCUGGCGCUCCUGGGCCACCGUGAAAAGAAGAGUCAGGGCCGCACUGGACUAUCUGUGCAUCGCUGGGAGCUCGGAACCCACCGACACCGUGGAGUGGGAGCAGAUGGUGCGACUGGAUCUCCAGCGCAGGGCUGACGCGCUCUUGUACAAGACGGAGGUGGUGGCGUAGAGCUCCAGCAGGACAAGCCGCGGGACCAAGGACAGGAGGAGCCCCCAAGCGCCUGGAGCUCUGCUGGGAUGGAGCAAAGACCCGCCUGUCGCCCCUGGAGGCCUCGAGCAGCAGAGCCCCGAAGAGCAGCUGUGAGUGGAGAGCUCAGCGCUGACACCACGCUUCUGUCAGAAUAAAACUCUGCAAUCCU